CCGCUGUGCUGUGAGGGUGUGUGUAGCUCGUGUCCCAACUCGCCCGCUUCUCGGGUCCUCCGAGCGAUUUACUUUAAAACAAAACUAAUUAUAGUGAAAUAUUUUAUGUACAGCCGUUAAGUAGAUGACUUAUUAGUCAAUCUAGUGUCAAGUGUAUGCAUGGUUCAGGCUGAGGUGUUUCAUACAUAGGAUCUGAAGUAAGGGCUAUCGGAUUAGGAUCCAAGACACGAAGAGAAUCCUGUUCAGAAAUUCCAGCGCAUCCUCGAUAAGCUCCACGUCGAGCUAAACAUCAACGGCCGCAUAAGCGACUUAAUUCAGUUCAACUGACGAACCGAAAUACAAAUCACCUAUAAAAUAUUUGAUACAAACAAGUAAAUACACAUCUCACCACAAACAAAAAUAGUAUCAAAGGUUUUAAUCAUUUUGAAAUCCCAUUAAAACGUUCCCUCUUUUAUCUUCACUACCCAUCAACGGCAACGAAAACUUCCACACAAUGGAAACAAAAACCUGAAGUUUUCCACCAGUUCGUUGGAAAACUCUUGAUUUCAUAUCGUGUCUCGUUGUGGAGCUCGUACAUAACAAGACAUAACAACAACACGUAAAACACGUAAGUCAUAACAACAACACGUAAAAACAAAACAGCCAAGCACAUAAAUUCUACAAGUCAACGAACUGCGCACCAUGAGGCUGGAUCGAGUAUGCCUGAGGAGCUUACAGGCGUGCAGCGUGCGCAAGCUGUUCUACCUGGUGCUGAUAUGGUGCACAGCCUUCUACGUCGUCUUCAGGUAUUCGACCACAACUGAGUACGCGCCAACCAACACGAUGACUGGACGUCUUCUGCUGCAGAAGAUCAUCACGAGAGGAGGUCCUUUGAUAUCAGGGACUACAGAUGGGCAACCCAAUGUCACGACGGAGUUCAACCUUCUCGAGGCUGAACCUCUUGUCGACAACUCGCCGGCUCUCUCAGAUUCAGACUUUGCCAAGAUUCUGCAGAAUGAAGUUCCUAACUUGCCGAUACGAUACUGGCAAACCUUGAACAACAAAUUUCCUGCCAAGAAUAAAACUUGCGCAAAGUUCCCAACCCUCUGGGAUAUAGGAUUCAAUAAUGUUUACUGGCAAACUUUGAAAACCUCGAACGGAACUUUCUACCUGUAUGGAGCGUACUACGAUAACAGAACCUUAGUGGCCAUGAAGCCUGUGGUGAGGAUGCUUGGUAUGAUCAACCGACUUGAGCCAAAAGUAAAGACAAUUUGUCAACUGUGGUUUGAGGGAUUGAAGGCCCCUGUUUUCGCUAAGGUGUUCGAGUACAAGUAUGUUUGGUACAAGAAGUGGGGUAAUCACAAGAAUGGACUCUUCCAACCUUACUUGGUGUCAUGUCAAAUUCCAGUUGGGUUUCGGCAUCUUGUGCCAGAAUCAGUGUCUCUUGUUGAGCAGCCGUGUGAUAUGGCUGUCACUAAUCUAAGGGUAAUUAACAACGUACCUGAAAACGGAAAGAAAGGUGAAUUCGCCGUUUGCGUGAAGGGCCUCGAUUUCCUAAACGAAGAUUUGAGUGUGAGGCUAGUGGAGUGGUUCGAGACGUUGCGCCACCUUGGUGCCGAAAAGAUCUUCCUUUAUGAGCUGGAAGUUCAUCCAAACAUAACAAAAGUGCUGAACUAUUAUAAAGAACUCGGAUUGGUAGACGUGACCCCAAUCACACUGCCUGGCUACCAACCUAACAUCAAAGGUCUCAUCCACAUGUACUUGAAGAACAAACUAACCAACAAACGUCAAAACGAGCUGAUACCUUACAACGACUGCCUCUACAAAAACAUGUACAGAUACAAGUAUAUAGCAGUACUAGACAUUGAUGAAGUUAUCAUGCCUAAAGGAAAUAACAUGCUGUGGAAAGACCUCAUGGACAACGUUUUAGCGAAGGCACUGAAAGUAAAAAAGGUAGAACGUGCGUCGUACAACGUUCGCAAUGUCUACUUUUUCGACACGCCUCAAUCGAGCGAUGUGAGUCACGUACACUUCAAAGACAUACCUCAGUACAUGCAUAUGUUCCAACAUGUGUACCGAGCCAAGAACUACACCAAACCAGGUGCUUACAUAAAGUGUUUCCAUAAUCCAGAACGAGUGCUAACCUUACACAACCAUUUUCCACUUGCUUGCUUAGGUGGGGCUUGUUCGUCUUUCCCCAUAGACACCGAAGACGCUCAACUUCAGCACUAUCGCGCAGACUGCGUGAAAACCCUGAAGAAAUCCUGCGAUGACUACAAGAACUCCACCAUCUUUGACGACACGAUCUGGAGACAUAAGGAUCCCGUCAUAUCAAGAGUUACGGAGAACCUAAUCAACUUAGGGUUCUUCUACCGAGCUUCAGGUUCUGGUUCAAGAACAGUCAGACCUCCUCCGUCGGCAGUUAGAAGAAAAUAGCUAACGUGAUUCCUAGAAAUGUAACCUUAUUAUUCUCGACAAUCGUAAGCGUAAAUACUGUAUGUUGAGCAAUAACUUCAGUAACCGCCAUUGAUAUAACGAUUACGAAGUUUCAUUUGAUCAUGAAUAAUUUGAACACAUAUUGUAUCUAUAUAUAUUUAGGUCAUUCUUCCAUGCAAUGUUGUAUAAUUUAUCGGAUGUUGUGCCGAAUUUUAUGAUGAUAUUCACGAAGAAUCAUAAUUUAAAUGAUGCGGCAAGAAAACUAAAACUAAUCACAAAUUAUUGUGAUUAGUUUGUUUUUGAUCUGCUACUAAAUUCUUACAAAAUUAUAACAUAAUUAUAAAAUCUCAAGUGAUGACAUUAAAGUUGAAUAUGAGACCCACCUAUCAAAAAACUACGAUUUCGUAACGAAAAAUAUUAGUGUUGUUUUAUAAGCUACUGCCCUAUGCUGGGCGUUGUAUACCCUCCCUAGAGCGUUAGUUUCUCUCGGCUUUAGACGCGUUCACUUCGUCCAUCGGACGCUUUUGCCUAGCGAUAAUUAAAGUGUCAUAUCAUCACUGACGUCACUAUUGAUGUAAUCAUGAUUUCUUUGUUAUUGUACUAGUGAGGUUGUAGGUUUUUGUGUGCCUUAUUUGAUUCUAUUAUUAUUCUCUAGUCCGUUAAUGUAGUUGCCUAAGCCAUUUUGUAUGGGGAAGUACCGUAGAUUUUAAUUCAUUUUAGCCGGUUUGUUGUCGCUGCUUUUGAUCUGUCAUGA